CUGUCAAAUUUCCUUAACACUGUAGCAUAAUAUUAUUAUACUCGAGAGUAGUAUAAUAAUAACAUUCAAUAGUUUAUUUUUAUUUAUUAAGUUUAUUAUUACGAGCUAAAAUAACGAUAUAAACCUUAGGAUUUAUUUUUGCAGAAUAUGUAAUUAAAUUUACUUGCAUUUUGUUUGGGUUUGUAUAAGUAAAAAAAAAAACACGUGAUAAAACAAAAAAAAAAUGUUGAAUAAAGUGUUGCUAUCGACAGAUGUAGCCCUUGUUUGUGUCCAACAUGCUCUCUCAACGGAAAAGGAAGAAAUAAUGGGUUUGCUGAUAGGAGAGGUGCAUAAUAAUGGAAGCCUGGUUUCUAUAGUGUCUUCAGUUAUAUUACGCAGACUAGAUAAAAAACCAGAUCGUGUAGAAAUUUCCGAGGAACAGCUCGUUCAAGCAACCUUAAGAGCAGAAGAAUUAGCUGCAGAAGUAGGAAGACCUCUAAGAGUAGUAGGAUGGUAUCAUUCUCAUCCACAUAUCACAGUUUGGCCAUCUCAUGUUGAUCUAGCAACUCAAUCAAUGUAUCAAAGAAUGGAUUCAAGUUUUGUUGGAAUAAUAUUUGCUGUGUUUCUUUCCGACCAAACGGCAAAAGCACCAUCUGUCCAAAUAACAUGUUUUCAGUCAAUAGAUGAAGGAACAAAUCAAGGUCGGCGAGAGAUUGAGUUGGAAAUAACAAAUUGCAAUGAUUCUUUAAUGAAGAAUAACUUUGAAAUACUUACUCAACUACCGACAACAUUAAAGGAAGAGGAAGAUGAAGCAUUUAAAUUGGAGGCAGGAGAAAAUGAAGCUGAUGAUAUAAUCAUAAAACAACACAAUACUGCAGUUAGAACUAUUGCAAUUGGUCAUAUUGUAGAAAAGGUAUCACGGCCUAUGCUAGAAGCUCUUGUAACAAGAAAUGCAAUAAAUAGUGUUCGUUUAAGGGCUUUGAAAAAACAACAUCAAGAUUUAAUGUCAAGAUUAGAUAAUAUGCCGUGUAAUAUUUAAUUAAGUACAAGAUAUGUUAUCCUCUAAGUUUUUUUU